GAGUACGAACUGCAGUGGCUGGAGUCAUGGCAGGACAGGCAUUUAGAAAGUUUCUUCCCCUCUUUGGCCAAGUAUCAGUUGAAAGAAGUGCAGCCAAACCUGUAUCCAAAGGAGGCAUUAUGCUUCCAGAAAAAACUCAAGGAAAAGUAUUGCAAGCAACAGUAGUUGCUGUUGGAUCAGGCUCUAAAGGAAAGGUUGGAGAGAUUCAACUAGUGAGCAUGGAAGUUGGAGACGAAGUUCUUUUCCCAGAAUAUGGAUGCACCAAAGUAGUUCUAGAUGACAAGGAUUACUUCUUAUUUAGAGAUGGUGACAUUCUUGGAAAAUACGUAGACUGAAAUAAGUCACUAUUGAAAUGGCAUCACUGAGGCUGCCCAUUCCACUGAAGUUCUGAAAUCUUUUCAUCAUGUAAAUAAUUUCCAUGUUUCUCUUUUAUAAUAAACUAAGGAG